AUGCGUGUGAAGAGCAUCGUCAUUGACGGAUUCAAGUCAUAUGCCCAUCGCAAGGCCCUUGAGGACUUGAGUCCACACUUCAACGCUAUUACCGGUCUCAAUGGUAGUGGAAAAUCAAAUAUAUUUGAUGCAGUGUGUUUUGUUAUGGGUAUCACCAACUUGAAACGUGUUCGUGCAGAGGAUCCGCGGGAACUUAUAUUUCGGGCAGGUACAACAGGUGUUCAUGCGGCGCGCGUCACGAUUGAAUUUAUUAACGAUGACCCUCGUACCGCGCCGCCUGGAUACAGCUGUGAAGAGUAUCCCAUCAUCACAGUUGGGCGGCAGAUUAAGCUGGGUGGGAAGCAGCAGUUUUUCUUGAAUAACACCGUCUCCAUGCAGAGCAAGGUAAAGCGUUUUUUUGAGAGCAUCAGCCUUAACGUUGACAAUCCCCACUUUAUGGUAUUGCAGGGGACGGUACACAAACUCAUUGGCAUGCGGUCCCAGGAUAUUCUCUCUCUCAUAGAAGAAGCGGUCGGAACGAAGGCGUUUGACCACCGUCGACGCACUGCUGAGAAUUUGAUUCGCAGCAAGGAAAAAAAAAUGGAGGAGAUUGACAAUAACAUUGAGACACAGAUAGGCCCAAUGCUGCUUGCCAUGAAGGCAGAUCAGGAUGAGUAUGAACGUUUUGUGCAGAUGAGCGAGGGCAUCGAGGAGAAGCGUCGAUUUCGUGUCGCCUUUGAGUAUGACGAGCAGCUAAAGCAGUUGGAGCAGCGGAGGGAGAGGCGCGCCGCACUGGAGAGGGAUAUCGCCUCGUCAAAGGAACAAUUGCAAUUCCUGCCCGCAUCAGAGGAUACCGCUACGCGGAGACUGAUGGAAUUGCAGCAAGCCCUUGCUGCUCCUGCGGAGGCGUUUAUUUCCCUUCACGAAGAGGAGGCUUCACUUAAAAAGCAGCUAGCGCGAGAUGAGGCACAAGUGGAGGGGGCCGAAAAGGCCUUGCACCUUCUCAAGGACAAUUUCCGCAAACUGGAAAAGGAAAAGGAGAAACAACAAGGUAGAAUGGAGAAGUUUGCGUCUAAAAAGCAGCAGCGAGACGUACUUGUGGAGCGUCUCUGUAUAGAGAAGGAAAAUGUUGCAAAGCUAAAGCGCUCCUUACAGCUGCAAAUCUCCGGGGUGCGAGCCGGUAUGUCCGGCAUGUCGUUAGAAGAAGAACGUGCCGACAUUGAACGCCAGAUGAUCCACUACGGUGCUGCAGCAAGACGGUGUGACGAGCGUGUCAAGGAGCUGGAACGGCAGUUGCAACAUUUUGUGCAGAAGACGGCUGCGCGGAGUGAGACGAUUGCGAAGCUUGAAACAGAACUGGCGAGGGCACAUGUGCGCCUUGAUGCGGAGGCAGGUUCGUAUGCAGCGGUGGCUCCUCUUGAGUCGCGGAGACGUGCACUGCAGGAGGAACUUGUGCAGCUAAAGGCAGAGCACUGGAAAGCGAACGAUGCACUGCAGCGUGAGAUGGGCAAUGGGGGUCGUGGCUUUGACGUGGAUUACGACCGUCGCGCGUGCCCAGAUCUUGACCAACAUAUUUAUGGCCGGGUUGCAGAGCUCAUUGGACCAAGGGAAGAAAAGUAUGCAAUGGCUUUGAUGGUGGGGGCGCAAACACAACUACUGCGUGUUGUUGUAACAAAUGAUCUUGUUGCAGAAAAGAUUAUUCGUCAUGGGCUGCGGCAACGCACGGCAUUCCUUCCGUUGAACACGUUACAGCGUUCAAAGGGUGUUGACGGUUCACGUAUGGAGGAGGCGAAGCGGAUUGCUGCACGAAUGGGGGGCUUUCUUGCCAUUGCAAAAGACCUGAUAGAAGUUAAAGAUGAAUCUUAUCGCAUCGUAGUGGAGCAUGUGUACGGGCAAUUCUUUGUCUGUUCCUCACUGGCCCUGGCUCAGGAGCUUGCCUACAAUCCAGCCGUACGAUGCAAGGCUGUCACGCUUAACGGGGAUUUGGUGGAGCCGAAUGGGCUCAUGACGGGUGGAUCGACGCAGCACCUUCGUGAUAUUUUUGCAGAGGUUCGUGUGUACCAUCAGCGCAAAGCCCCUGUAAAGGAGUUACAGAUGAAGAUUGCGCGGGUGGAGGCGGAGCUGGAGGAUGUUCAGGAGCAGCUGCGGCAACAGGCGCCCCUUAUACGGCGGUACAAGGAGGCGGAGGAGGCGGUAGGAUUGGCAGAGCACAAACUGCAGCUUGAACGUGGCGAUAACAAUGGUCCAGUGGAGGAGUUGGGUGCCGCGCUUGAUGAGGAACGACGCAAACAUGAGGUGGAGGUCGCGGCACUGCGGGAGCUGAAGGAGCGUAAAGCGGCGCUCGAACAACACACCCGUGAAGACCCUGACAAGGCGCGCAAAGAACUCCACGAACAACUCACUGCAGCACAGGAACGAUGUAGUGCACUCGCCCGUGAGGAGGAGGCGGGGUCAGCGGAGUUUGACCGCAUGGAAGCGGACAUCACACAGCUGGCGGCAGAUCUGGAGCGCAAGAUGGCAGACGUGCAAGAAGAGAUGUCACACCGUACUGCCGCCCGUGACGAAGCCAAGGUGCAACUAUGUGAAACAGGCGGAAAGUUGCAGAAUGUGGUAGAACACCUACGACAAUUGGAGGAGCAACGGACACGUCUUGAGAAGGAGGUAGAAGAGGUACAAGAGGAACUACAACAGCUCAUGGUAAAAAAGUCCUCCCUUGAGGCAGUUAUAAAAAAUGCAGAGGUGGAUCUCCGCGACGCGGCUAAGGCAACAGAGGAACUGCAGAAAUCUGUACAUGAGGCAGAACGGCGCCAUGCCUGGUUGGUGGAGGAACGACACACAUUCGGACGAAGUGAAGGUCCGUAUUACUUUGACGACAAGGCAAGAACGACUGCCACCUUGCAGGAAUUGCGCGAGGCGGAGUCUCAGGCCGCCGUCAUGUCCAAGCGUUUAAAUCGAAAAGCCACCAUUCUCUACGAGGAACGUAAAAGGGAAUACAAUGAGUUAGUGCUGCAGCGCUCCGCGUUGGGUGAGGACAGAGAUGCCAUUCAGCAAUGUAUCCUAGGUAUUGAAGGAAAGAAAUGGCAUGCACUGGAUCGCAUGGUAAAAGUUGUAAGCAGUGUCUUUUCCAAACUUUUUUCAAAUUGCUUACCCGGUGCCGCGGCCGUUUUGCGGGAGGAGCGGGAUGAUCGGCAACAUCUCUGCGGUCUUCAGGUGAAGGUCAUGUUUAAUGGCAAGGAAAAAGAGUCUCUGUCGGAGCUGAGCGGUGGGCAGCGCUCGUUGCUUGCGUUAUGCCUCAUUUUAGCAAUUCUCCGUGUACGUCAGGCGCCUGUAUACAUCCUUGAUGAAGUGGAUGCUGCGCUUGACCCAAGUCACACGCAAAAUAUUGGGUGUAUGCUGCAGACACAUUUCCCAUCCUCCCAAUUUCUUCUUGUCUCGCUGAAAGACGGGAUGUUUAACAAUGCGGAUGUGCUUUACCAGGUGAGUAACACGCAGGGCUAUUCAGAAAUUACCCGCCUUGAGUCAGGGGCAGGUCACGCGUGA